AUGUCGAUGGACAUUUUCCACUCCUCCCUGCAAGAUAACGCUGCCCUGCGCGUGCAGAGGAAGCAUUUCCAUGAGUUCCUCUACGACGUGCAACGCCUCCUGCAUCAGAUCAAGAAAGAGGACGAGCAGGGAGUCCAAACUGGACUCGGUGUCCAGCGUGCCGGCGAGCGCAUCGCCGCGAGUGUGGACGUGCUUUGCUUUGACGAGUUUGCCGUCACCACGAUCCAGGAUUGCUGCAUUCUGCUGCCUCUCUUCAACGCGCUGUUCAGGCGGGGGGUGACGGUCAUCGCAACAUCCAAUCGAGCACCGGAGGAUCUCUACAGUGACGGCCUAAAUCGGCAAGUCUACCUGCCACCUUUCCUGGACUUGCUUCGAGAGCACUGUAAAGUGCAUCACAUGCAGAGUGGCACAGACUACCGUGCUGUGCAGUACGAGAGCAGCCCGGAUGCAGGGGUCUUCUGCUGGCCGCAACAAGCAGCCUUUGUUGAUCAAUGGUUCCAGCGGCUCACGGGCACGACGGGCCGCCAGGGGCAAGUGCAGGUCGCCUAUGGCCGCAUGCUGCCUGUCCCAUCUAUCUCGCCUUGCGGAGGCUUGGCACGGUUUUCCUUCGAGGAUCUUUGUGUAAGCCACCUGGCUGCGGACGACUACAAUGCGAUUUGUGGGAGGUUCCACACCAUUUUGCUGGAUGCCGUUCCGCGGCUUACAGUAGACCAACACAACGAGGCAAGGCGCUUCACUUUGCUGGUGGACUGCUGCUACGAGCAUCACAUCAGGCUGAUCGCAAGCCUGGAAGCUCCUCCUGCGGAGAUCCUAGGUGGACUCAUGGAGCUCCAGAACAUCAGCAUGAAUUCCCUGGGCAAG